AACCUGAAACCCUCCUCUCCUCCCAACCUUAUCCUGAGGGCUUCCUCUUUCGCAGCAAGCUUCGCUCUCCUAUCUCCUCUUCGAAAUGGCUUCCGCCAACGCUAUCUCCACCGCCUCCAUCCUCCGCUCCGCGUCCCCCCGCCAGGAGAGCCUGGGAAGGAGAGUAAGCCAGAGGCAUGGGCAUGGGUACGAAGGCCGCCGGAAGCUCGUCGUGCGGGCCAUGGCUAAAGACAUUGCCUUCGAUCAGAAUUCCAGGUCGUCGCUCCAGGCCGGCGUCGAGAAGCUCGCCAAUGCUGUCGGUGUUACCCUCGGCCCUAGAGGGAGGAAUGUCGUGUUGGAUGAGUAUGGGGCUCCAAAAGUGGUCAAUGAUGGGGUAACUAUUGCUCGUGCCAUUGAGCUCGCAGAUCCAAUGGAGAAUGCUGGUGCAGCAUUGAUUCGUGAGGUUGCUAGCAAGACAAAUGACUCAGCUGGAGAUGGCACCACAACUGCAUCAGUUCUUGCACGUGAAAUUAUUAAGUUAGGUUUGUUGAGUGUUACUUCUGGUGCAAAUCCUGUCUCCAUUAAGAAAGGAAUUGAUAAGACUGUUAGUGGUCUGGUGGAAGAGCUUGAGAAGAAAGCCCGGCCUGUAAAAGGACGAAAUGACAUCAAAGCCAUUGCAACGAUCUCUGCCGGUAAUGAUGAAUUUAUAGGAACCAUGAUUGCUGAUGCUAUUGAUAAAGUCGGUCCAGAUGGUGUUCUUUCUAUUGAGUCGUCAUCAUCGUUUGAGACCACAGUUGAUGUGGAAGAAGGGAUGGAGAUUGACCGAGGCUACAUCUCGCCGCAGUUUGUGACAAAUCCUGAGAAGUUACUUGUUGAGUUUGAAGAUGCAAAAGUUCUAGUGACUGAUCAGAAGAUUUCAACAAUAAAGGAGAUUAUACCUUUGCUGGAGAAAACCACCCAACUGAGAACCCCUCUUCUCAUUAUUGCCGAAGAUGUUACUGGUGAGGCUUUGGCAACUCUAGUUGUGAAUAAGCUUCGAGGUAUUCUGAAUGUUGCUGCAAUCAAAGCUCCUGGGUUUGGUGAAAGAAGGAAGGCUCUUCUUCAAGAUAUUGCCAUUGUAACAGGAGCUGAAUUCCAAGCCAAAGAUCUUGGCUUACUGAUUGAAAACGUAUCGGUUGAGCAACUGGGAACAGCAAGGAAGAUCACAAUUGCCCAGACUUCUACUACCAUUAUUGCUGAUGCAGCAUCCAAGGAUGAGAUUCAGGCCAGAAUUGCCCAGUUGAAAAAGGAGCUUGCUGAGACAGACUCGGUGUAUGAUUCUGAGAAGCUAGCCGAGAGGAUUGCUAAGCUCUCAGGUGGUGUGGCAGUUAUAAAGGUCGGUGCUGCAACGGAGACAGAACUCGAAGACCGCAAGCUCAGAAUUGAGGAUGCCAAGAAUGCCACUUUUGCUGCUAUAGAGGAAGGCAUAGUUCCUGGUGGAGGUGCUGCGCUGGUUCACCUCUCUACCACUGUACCUGCCAUCAAAGACAAGAUUGAAGAUGCAGAUGAGCGCAUUGGAGCUGACAUUGUGCAAAAAGCACUGGUGGCACCUGCGGCUUUGAUUGCAGACAAUGCAGGUGUAGAAGGGGAAGUUGUGGUAGAGAAAAUUAAGGACAGCGAAUGGGAGAUUGGUUACAAUGCCAUGACCGACAAGUACGAAAAUCUAGUGGAAGCUGGAGUUAUCGAUCCAGCUAAAGUGACACGGUGUGCCCUGCAAAAUGCUGCAUCUGUUGCUGGAAUGGUGUUGACGACACAGGCGAUUGUCGUGGAUAAGCCUAAGCCAAAGGCUCCUGUGGCUGGACCAGCUGAAGGAAGUCUCGCCAUCUAAUCAUUCUUAUGUGGCCUUGCAGAAUUAGGUUACAUGUUAUAUUUGGAUGCCACUCUUGGAGCAUUUUUUCGAAGUUCGGUUAUUGGUUCCAUCAUCGACAUUUUUGUGCUGCCUUUUUACCUUUGAUGUCAUAACCUCUCGAGAUUAUGCUUGAAAAAGUAGGGAAAGGUCUAUUGAUGUUGUCUGGAAAAAUAUUUGAUGUUUGUUAUCUCAACA